AAACGUAAAGUAAACUCGUACUAAGGGUACAGAUUAAAUCAGCUCUAUUUUAUAGUGUGCUAUGAGUUCAAGUGCAAACAGUGGAUGUUACCAUAACAAAACUAAGGUAAUGGUCACUGCUAAUGACAAUAUUAACAUAGGUAAGUAUUAAUAGUACGAGUAAUUGUUUGAGAAGUUCUACACAAAGAAAAUAUUCAGACACAUGCUACUAUUUCUAUAUUGACAUUAAAAUUCAUUGGAUACCUAAUAAAAUCGCAAGUACAAAUCCCAGUACGUGUGUAAUUUUCCACAUGAAUUUAUUUUAGAGUUUUUCACACAUACAGCUUGAUAACACAUUCAAUGUAUUGUUUGUAGUCGUUUAAAAACUACAUGAGAGUAAAAAAACGAUUAACUUUAACUCUCCAUUUUAAAUUGACGGUCUUUUGAGAAGUUUUUCUAAACAAUUUUUCGAGAGCAAGCGUUGGAACCUAAUUAACAGAGUAGCCUCGAACCACCGAUCUAAAUAAAACUGUGUUAAGAUUAUAAGCAAUUAACAAUGGGGUGAAGUUUAACAACAGGUGUAAGAACAAUGAUCACAUAUAUAUAAGAGAACGCAUUGUUUCACGUACAGACGAGCCGCAAUCGGCAAGGAAUUAUAAAAUGUACAUAUACUUAUUAUUAUUAAUCUGCAAACUAUCACACGCCAACUUGGUAGAGGAUAGAAGCUUGUGGAGUAUACUUGGGAGUAUUGUGAGUUAUUCUCAAGGUAAAUUCGUACCAGAGGACGCGAACCUUUCCAUCACUGAACUGGGAAAAAAAUAUGGUUAUCACGUGGAAAGGCACACAGUGGUUACCGAAGACGGGUACAUCUUAAAUUUCCAUCGAAUACCUUCACGGAAUAAGAAAGCCGGACCUGCAGUGUUCCUAAUGCAUGGCUUACUGGAAAGUUCAGACACGUGGCUGUUGCUGGGACCCAACAAGGCGCUCGCGUACCUAUUAGCAGAUCACGAUUUUGAUGUUUGGUUGGGCAACAGCAGAGGAAAUAAGUACUGUGAAAAGCAUGUGACGUUAAACAAUACCAUAUCAGAGUUCUGGCAAUUCUCUUGGGAGGAGAUCGCAGUGAACGAUUUGCCUGCUAUGAUCGAUUACAUCCUUCACAAAACUGGAUUGAAGUACUUGUACUACGUGGGACAUUCCCAAGGCACUACGACGGGCUACGUGUUGUGUGCUAUGAAGCCAGAAUACAACGACAAGAUCAGCAUAAUGUUCUCGCUGGCCCCGGAAGCCUGGAUGGGUCACCUUAGAAGUCCUAUAGUGAAAAUGUUCUCCCCCGCUCACAAUUUACUCGCGUACCUACUCUCGGACUUCAACGCUUACUACGCAGGGGUGGACUUCUUCAAUAAAAUAUCAACAUUCGUGUGUACUAUCGCGCCGGCGAGAUGUGACAAUAUAUUGUUUGCGCUGUCGGGAUACGAGAGUAAAAUAAACGAGACGUUUUUAGCGGUCAUAUUAGGUCAUUCUCCGUCUGGAUCAUCGACGUUUCAAUUCGCCCACUACGGACAGUUGGUGGAAUCACAGCGGUUCUGUCGAUAUGACUUUGGCAGAGAACGUAAUUUGAUAAAGUAUAACCAGACUAUGCCUCCCGAAUACGACUUGAGUCGAGUGUCGACGCCAGUGGUGCUAUUUUACAGUGAUAAAGACUUGUUAUCGGACCCUAGAGACGUAGAUAUAUUGAUGAGAAAGCUUAAAAAUGUACAGGAAAGUAUUUUUGUAAAAGAUUUUACACAUUUAGAUUAUGUUUACGCUGAAGAAGCGGCUGUUGCGGUCUACAGUAAGAUCGUAGGACGGAUCAUAAGUGACGAAGAGAGACGUGCUUCGGAGCACUACAUGAUCACGCCGCGACUCACUGACACGUCCGCUGCGGGUAGUAAUAGUAGUACCAUCAGUAGUACAGAGGAUACAACAACCGAAGAGACAUCAACAGAACAGUGAAAUUAACUAAUGAAAUAAAUAACACCUAAUUUAUUUUGUU